AUGCGCUCAUCUGUGAGCUAUAUAUUGUCUCAUGCGCCUGGAGAGUCAGUAAUGUCGCACCCUGACUAUGCGCAACAUGCACAACACCACGCCUGUCUUUUGGUGUUGGUUAAAGGUAUUGGAGGCGUCCUAAAGAAUUUUAAUAAGCUGUGGGAAAGGAUACAGAGAGUCAACAAUAUAAAAGUUACUGAUUCCACUGGUCAAGUAAGAGACAUUUGGGUCAGAUAUGUCAGAGACUACCCUGUGGAAAAUAAUGACUGGGGCGAUUUUCAGACUCAUAGGCGUUUACUGGGCUUGAUAACAUUGAGCAAAUUUACAAAUCAAGUAGAACUGAAUGAAGCAUGUAGGGUCCAUGAAUCUCUCAAAGUUAAAUACUCUAACACACUUUAUGACUCUCGAGCCUUUAUGUUUGGACCAGGCAGUAAUUUAAAAAAACCAGUACAAGAACCGGACACUUAUAGUGUUUUUGAAGAUGAUAGGCCACCAAAAGACAGCUUAAAUGAUGAAACAUCAGCACCAAGCGAACAAUCAGACAGUCUCUCAUCAAAUGAUACUUUUCUAAGAUCAUCAUCGUCAAGUGCUUCAUACGCAGUACAAGAAGAACACUUCACAACACCAUCUAAUUUCAAAACCCAUGCUAUGUUCUAUGGAGAAAAUGAUCCAGUGCCGGACUUGGAGCAGAAUGUUGCAGACCUCAUUAACUCUCUCUUUUGGGUGGUAGAGUCCAAAAGAUUGGAAAGAUCUCGUGAAAAACUUGAUAAAGUGUCUUUACUUUUGGCGCCAUUCGAAAUAAAAGACUUUGUAGGUUUGGACAUGGAGUCACGUAAUAACAAGAAACGCUGUAUGGGACGCGUCACAAAAAAUUUAGCAGACUUAACAUUACAAGCUGGACUUGUAGCAGAGUGUUUGAGUUUAUAUCAUUCAGCUGCAGAAACAUUAAAGUCCGUGAAUGAUUGGUUAUGGUUAGCUGCUGCAAAAGAAGGCCACUGUGCAGCCUCAGCGAUACUUCAAUAUCCAAACUUACGUAACACCACGCCCUUGCAAAGAAACGCCAGCCUGCAAGAGAGUUCUCCUAAUAAAACCAAACCAUUGUCUUUAUUUCAACCAUGCUCUGAUAGCUUUAGAAAAUACAAGUUAACCGCAUCUCCGCUAAGGUCUUCGAAAACAUCGAGUCCAAUAAACCCACCCGGUGAACUCACACCUUCUUCGUCCGAUAGUGUUGACACUUCGUCAAGGCAGUCCGAGACAGAUAACGCAGACACAGAAUCCAUCACAUCUUCCGGUGAUAUUGAGUACCAAAGUCCUAAAUCUUACCUUGGUAUUGAUCUGCCCUCUAUACCCAGACAACCUCCCUCCCAAAUUAACAAUCAGUAUCUUCUAAGCGGGGAGGAUAUAGCAGAGAAAUACCGUAAAGCUAUCAUACAUUAUAGCAAAUAUCAAAAUGCUGGUAUUAUCGAGACAGAGGCCUGUUUUAAAGCGGCAAGAAUAGCAGUGGAGCAAAACAACAGCUUGUUAACGUCCAGCUUUCUGCAGAACGUCAUCUUUAUCAAUCUGACACUUAGCGAGCAAGAGAAGAUCCAAAGAUUUGAUACACUUGCUGAAAUUUACAAGGAAAUAGGUUUUCUUCGCAAAGCCGCGUUCUACCAACGUCUAGCCGCCACGCGUCAAGUGAGCGCGAAUAAUCCGAACCCGGAUUGGCACCGCUGCUACCACCUCAUGCUGCACAGCUUCCCCGGACACAAGCUCAGCCUGGAUCCCGGAUAUGUUGUACAGCACCAAGUCGGUUGGCCUGCCCUCCAAAUCCAGCUACUUCAGGAAUUGGUAGUAGCUGCGCGUCGAAUGGGUCAUCCUGCACUUGCAACACGUCAUAUGACGUUUCUGUUGCAAACCAUGUGGCCACAUCUAUCCCGACAAGAGCAUAGAGAUCUAGCUAUACAAUUACAGGCCGUAUCGGCACAAUGCGAGGGCGGGCCGGUGCCGCUGGUGCUGGAGACGGGCGAGGUGAUCCCGCCGGCCAACCUGACGCACGUGCCGCACUGCACCGGCUUCAGCCCGCGCCCGCUGCCGCCGCCGCGAGCGCCGCACUCCGUCAAGUUCAAGGUCCAACAGGGACCAUUCAUAUUCACACCAAUACACUUCGGCAGCCUCGAAAGGAAAUCGAAGAAAGAAGAAGGGAAAUUGGAAUAUCUUUGGGUGGAAGAUGACAUAUGCGAAGUGCAAAUGAAACUCACUAACCCGUUGCCUUUUGAACUAAAAGUAUCGAACAUGCGACUUCUCACAUCAGGUGUGGUAUUUGAAUCCAUACCGGAAACCAUAAUUCUACCACCAGACUCCCCGACAACAGUCAACCUCCAUGGAACACCUAAAGAAGUUGGCGAGUUGCAAAUAUUAGGCUAUUCCACUCACACGCUAGGCGUCAAGUCGAAUUGUCGAUUAAAGCACAUCCCUAUGAGGAACAAAUUUCCGACUUCCUACACAAUUGAAGUUAUACCAAGUCUACCGACCGUAACUAUUGAAACAACGGUCGCCCUGUCCGGACAUUUGAAUGUGUCGAACGCGGAAGGUCAUAGCAACGCCACCAACGUUACCUUGUAUAAUGGGGAGAGCACCGAAUGCACAAUAAAAAUUAUUAACACGAGCGCCGUGCCUAUUGAAUUCCUGGACUUAUCUAUUCAGUCAAACAUGGACAACCAGCUCCAAUCCAAAGUAUUUCAAUGGUCCAACGAGGAUGUACAAUCUCAGCUACCAAUACGACCGAACACUGUAGCCACAAUUAUGUUAAAGUUGUACGGAGAAGCUGAUUUUCUAGACCUCGGUGGUGUUGGAGAGAAUUUAUUCCCAAACAGUCUUACGUCAAACUAUCCGUCCAGAGUUGGGUCCCCGGUACCUAACGCUCAGUUGUCACUACCUACCCAAAGUUCUAAUCCACACACUUCAUUAUCCAGUGGACUCAUGGUUAACAGAACUUCUGGAAGUUUCAGGUCAUCCAAUUCUCAGACAACAAGUUGGUCAGCUCCUAUAUCUGUAAUGCCGCCGUCCAGAGGACGUCAAAUUGAAGCUCAGAUAGUUAUCAGAUACUCCGGCGGUAUAGGUAAAGAGAUGCAUUGUCGUCAAUCAACACUACAAUUUAAUUUGGAACUACUCCCCAGUGUUUCCAUAACGCAUUGGGACGUUCUGCCCGCGGAAAUACCCACUCAACUAUACCUAGUGUUAGAUGUGACAAACCUCACGUCGGAGGAAAUGGACUUCCAUUAUGCACCAUGCAAGCACAUUCUCAUUGAGAGUAAAGAAUCAUGCAGGGUGCCGGUGCCUCUUGAUCGAUGUCCGUUCAAUGUAACACCGACUAAAGUUAAUGAUGAAGAGACUGUAGAAUCUAAAUCAACAAGCACAGGAGCGUCAACAAGCAGCCUAGAGUUAAUGUGCUCAGAGCACAUAACAAGCAAUGUUGCUCUACGUUGGCACCUCUUGCAGUCAGACUUAAGCGGUGUUGCAUCUGUGAAAGGCAUCACACUGUCACACGCUAUGAUGGAUAUUGUCAGGAUGUCGCCUUUGAAUUGGGAGGUGAGCGUAAACAAGCAAUGUAUCAAACCGCAAGAGGAGUUGAACUGCACCGCUGGUGAAAGUCUGUCAUUGGGCGUGGCUGUACAGAACCAUCUCAGCCGACCUCUGCACAAGUUGUGCCUUUCUGUACAGUUCUACCAGGACUACAACAAUGGAGUUCUGAGCUACAAGUUGGACAAUCGCAUUGCGACCGCAGGGAAUAAUAAGGUAGUUUUGUCAACCCUAAUGGAAUCUGCCAAGGCAUAUCACGAAUGCACUGUCGUUUUUUUGACUCCUGGUGAAUACAAAAUUGAUAUACAAUGUUCUACCACUGAACCUAUUUUAGAGGAAACAGCCAUUAUAAAAGAGGCGGACAGUCAGUCCUUACUACAGCCAUGCGCGGGAGAAGUCAGUCAUAUUUGGAGAUUUAUUCCACCUGUAGCAAUAAGUGUCACAGAUUAA